CUUAAUCGGCAACUCGUCCAGGACAAAAGGAAAGAGACGAUGGUCCAAGGCAUGGCAACUUUUUGAUAUCAUAGAAGAAGAAAACGGAGAGCCUAUCAAAGCAAUAUGUAAAUAUUGUCCAACAAAGAUCAAGUGUGGACCAAUGUGUGGGACAGCUGGUAUGCUCAACCAUAACAAGAUUUGUAAGAACAAACCUGGACCAUAUGACCAGUCACCAAACCCAUCAAGCACGGGUGAUGCUACUGCACAUGUGAAGCCUUCAUCUAGCAGAAAAAGGAGGAGACCCGAAUCAACACAAAUGACCGCGCCUAACACCGCGACUGGUUGGGACAAGGUCGAGAUAUCCAAUAGGAUACAAAACAUAACUAGUGAGCUACAAGGCAUCCAACUGGAAGUGCCUAAGGCUUUCUAUCCAUGUGGAUCAAGCUUAUCUUCAAAUUCAGAUCACCACCAGAGUACAAUCUCAGAUCAGCGCCUAAAGACAUCAAGUCUUGUUCAAAAGAAAGUGUAUGGGAGAGAUGUAGAAAAGAACUCCAUCGUGAAGUUGGUGAGGGCAAAAAACAAAUCUCACGGUGUAACUAUUUUGCCUAUUGUAGGGAUUGCGGGCGUUGGAAAGACAACUCUCGCUCAACUUGUAUACAAUGAUCCAUAUAGUGAAAGUCAAUUUGAUCACAAGAUAUGGGUUUGGGUGUCUCACAACUUUGAUGGCAUGAGGCUCACAAGAGAAAUGUUGACCUCUGUUUCUCAACAAAGGCAUGAAGGAAUAGACUGCUUUGUGAAGCUUCAGGAGAUCUUAAAAAGUCAUAUCAAAUCAAAGAGGGUUUUACUAAUUUUAGAUGACGUCUGGGAUGACAAGGAUGAUUGCCGCUUGAACCAACUAAUGGCUCCUUUUAAGAAUGAUAGUGAUAAUGGCAAUGUGAUUCUUGUGACAACUAGAAAACUUUCUGCUGCAAAAAUGAUUGGAACAACGGAGCCAAUUAAGUUAGGUGCUUUAGAAAAGGAUGACCUCUGGUUAUUGUUCAAAUCAUGUGCAUUUGGUGAUGAAAACUAUGACUGUCUUGGAAAUAUUAGCACAAUUGGACGACAAAUAGCAGAGAAGUUAGAAGGCAACCCGUUGGUAGCAGUAACUACAGGGGCACUAUUAAGAGGUCAUCUUACCGUUGAUCAUUGGAGUAACAUUCUCAAGAAAGAAAGUUGGAAAUCACUGGGACUCAAUGGAGGCAUCAUGCCUGCUUUGAAGCUUAGUUAUGAUGAGUUGCCACACCAUUUACAACAAUGUCUCUCACAUUGUUCUAUAUUUCCCAAAAAAUAUAGGUUUCUUGGUAAGGAUUUAGUCUAUAUUUGGAUUUCUCAGGGAUUCGUGGAUCGCACCCAUUUAAGUGAGAGAUUGGAGGAGGCAGGAUUGGAAUAUUUGAAUGAUUUGAUGAGCCUGGGAUUCUUUCAGCAAGUUGAAGACCAGCAGGAUGAAGAUGGGGAUGAGGAUGAGGAAGAAGAAUCCUCUCUAGGCAGUCAAAUUCGGUACUCUAUGUGUGGUCUCAUGCAUGAUUUUGCCAAGAUGGUUUCAAGGACUGAAUGUGCAACUAUAGAUGGUCUACACUGCAAAAUGCUGCCAAAUAUACGUCAUUUGGCGAUAGUAACUGAUUCUGCAUACAACAAAGAUUGGUAUGGGAACAUUCCUCGUAAUGAGAAUUUUGAAGAAAAUCUGAGAAACACGGUUACAUCGGUCAGCAAAUUGAGGACGCUGGUUUUAGUUGGGCACUAUGACUCUUUCUUCAUAGAAUUGUUCCAAACUAUAUUCCGAAAGGCACAUAAUUUACGCCUGCUGCAAGUGUCUGCAACAUCCACUGGUUUUAACUCCUUUUGUUGUGUUUUGGCAAAUCCUUUGCAUCUACGUUAUCUAAAACUUGAGUUGCACGGGGUUGUGCCACAAGUUUUGAGUAAGUCCUUUCAUCUUCAAGUAUUAGAUGUUGGCUCAGACAUGAAUACUUCUGUACCCAAUGGCAUGCAUAAUCUUGUCAGCCUGCGCCAUCUUAUUGCACGCAACAGAGUGCGCUCUUCAAUUGCUAGCAUUGGCAUCAUGGCAUCUCUUCAGGAGCUACAUGAUUUUGAGGUUCGAAAUGCUAGCGGCUUUGAGAUAACACAACUCCAAUCCAUGAACGAGCUUGUACAACUUGGGGUGUCUCAACUUGAUAAUGUUAAAACUCGGGAUGACGCUUAUAGGGCAGGACUAAGAAACAAAGAACACUUAGAAGAGCUUCAUUUGUCCUGGAAGUAUGCACUGUUAGAAAAUGAAUAUAGCAGUGAAAAGGCAAGAGAAGUUCUUGAGGGUCUUGAACCACAUAUGGGUUUAAAGCAUCUACAAAUAUCUAAGUAUAAUGGUACUACUUCACCAACUUGGCUUGCCAACAAAAUCUCGGUUACCUCCUUGCAGACACUUCAUCUUGAUGAUUGUCGUGGAUGGAGAAUACUUCCAUCUCUGGGAAGUCUUCCAUUUCUUACAAAGCUGAAGUUGAGCACCAUGUGUGAAGUAAUAGAAGUAUUACUUCCUUCACUAGAGGACUUGGUACUAAUUAACAUGCCAAAGUUAGAGAGAUGCUCAAGCACUUCUGUGGAGGGUUUGAGCUCUAACUUGAGGGUGCUGCAGAUCGAGCAUUGCAAAGCACUAACGUCAUUUGAUCUGCUUGAGAAUAAUGAUAAAUUCAAAAUCGAGCAGAGCUCGUGCUUGGCUGGUCUUAGGAAAUUAAUUUUGUAUGAUUGCCCUCGUUUGAAAGUGUUGAACCCUCUUCCACCUUCAACAACAUGUUCCGAGUUACUCAUCAGUGGAGUUUCAAUACUUCCGAGUAUGAAGGGAUCAUCAAGUGAUAAUUUACGUAUUGGGCUCAUUAAUGAGUCUAUAAUCUAUGGCAGUAUUGAUGGAUACGCUGAUGAGUCGAGGAUAAUGGAUGACAAAAUUUUUGCGUUCCAUAAUCUUAGAAACCUCAAAUCGAUGGUGAUAUUUGGUUGCCAAAAUUUAAGGUCAUUUUCAUUUGAAGAUUUUAGUCAUCUCAGCUCUUUAAAGAAUUUGGAAAUAUCAAUGUGCAAGGAACUUUUCUCUUCAGAUGUGAUGCCAGAGCAUACCCUUCAAAAUGUGGCAACCACGAAAUGCAGGGCCUUCCCAUCUCUUGAAAGUCUCAGUAUUAGGUCAUGUGGAAUAACAGGGAAGUGGGUAUCUUUGAUGCUCCAACAUGCGUGGAUCCUUGAGGAAUUGAGUUUGGAAGAUUGCCUACACACAACAAUAAUACAAUUGCCGACGGAAGAGGAAGAAAACAGUCUAUCAGAUCUUAUCUCAGCCAGGGAGGACUCAUCAUCAGGAGAUCAAGACACAUUGACCUGGUUAGCUCGAGAUAGACUCUUGCACAUUCCAUCAAAUAUCACCUCCUCUCUCAAGUGGUUAACCAUUUGGAAGUGCCGUGGUGUAACAUUUAAUGGGAGUGAAAAAGGUUUCUCCAGAUUUACCUCCCUUAAGGAGCUACAAAUUAGGGGAUGCCCCGAGCUAGUCUUGCAUUUGGUGGAUAAAGAUGGAACUUAUUACUGCACGAACGGAAGAUGGUUCCUCCCAUCAUCACUUGAGGUACUGGGCAUCGACAACUAUUUCCAAGAAAAGCUUCAACCCUGCUUUCUGAAUGAUCUCACCAGCCUUAAAAGGUUAUCCGUCUCGUCCAGGCCAUGGUUGAAAUCUCUACAGCUGCACUCAUGCACAGCACUAGAAGAGUUGAAAGUCAUUCAGUGUGAAUCGCUCACGACACUAGAGGGCUUGCAAUUCCUUGGCACCCUCAGGCAUUUGACAGUAUACGACUGCCCUGGCAUGUCUACCUGUUUGAAGAGCCUUUCAUGGCGCUACGGGCUAUGCUCUCGGCUGGAAACGCUCGGAAUUGGUGAUCCAUCAGUCCUUACCACAUCAUUCUGCAAGCUCCUCACAUCGCUGCAAUGCCUAAAAUUAUAUCAUUUUGGGUGGGAAGUAACGAGGCUAACCGAUAACCAAGAGAUAGCCCUUGUGUUCCUCAAGUCCCUGCAAGAGCUCCACUUUUUGUGCUGUUAUGAUCUAGUAGAUCUUCCUGCGGGGCUGCACAACCUUCCUUCCCUCAAGAAGUUGAAAAUAGACACUUGUCCGCGCGUCUCAAGGCUGCCGAAAACAGGUCUCCCACUUCCGCUGGAAGAACUGGAAAUCGAGUUUUGCAGCAAGAAGCUGGCUGAUCAAUGCAGGCUGCUAGAAACAAGCAAGCUAAAAGUCAAAAUUAGUCUAUGCUCUUGAAUUGGUUACUGGACGCCAUGUUAAGCACAUGUUUCUACACAUACAACAAUAAUUAUUGCUAGAUUGCUUUUGAGGAAAUAUCCCGCCA